GGUGGUGCGCAACGAUUGAGCGCCAUACGGCGUUCCUGAUCUCCAACAUGCUCCUACCGAAAGGUGGAGUAAGUUGGAAGGCUGCGAGAGCACGGCUACCACCCACGAGAGCCAUAUGGAACUUUAUGACGCGGACGAGGAUUGUGUUGUUCGUGGUGGCGGCAGUGAUAUUGUUCGUGGUGUUCGACGGCAUCAACGGAGCGAAGGGCGGCGUGGAAAGAUUCUACUGCUAUGGACCGUCAAAAGCACCCAUGCAGAUGACACCAAAUGAGCAAGCAGAAUGGGCCGGACACCUUCAGACACCGGUGCUAUUCAACCACCAUGCGCCCAUAGAGGUCAACAGCUCCACAAUACAGCACAUCGACCUUAAUCCGAUUGUAUCAACACCGAAAGCGCUUAGCAACGAAGAGCGUGUUCUCAUUCUCACACCUUUACGAAACGCUGCGCCUUAUAUUGAGCAGCAUUUUGAUCUCCUUUCGCAGCUCACAUAUCCGCACGAGCUGAUUGAUCUCGCAUUUCUAGUGGGAGACUGCACGGAUGAGACUCUUGCAGUUCUGGCUCAGGAGCUUGAGCGGAUACAGUCGCGAACGGACAAGAUUCCGUUCCGAAGCGCCACAAUCAUAGAGAAGGACUUUGGUGCCACGCUGGGCAUGGAUGUCGAGGACAGACAUGGCUUCAAGGCGCAAGGUCCGCGGCGGAAGCUGAUGGGCAAGGCGAGGAACUACUUGCUCUCCGCGGCGCUUAAGCCUGAGCAUGCCUGGGUGUACUGGCGGGAUAUUGAUAUUAAGGAUAGUCCCAGUGACAUUAUCCAAGAUUUUGUGGCGCAUGACAGAGACGUCCUGGUGCCCAACAUCUGGUUUCAUCGCUACGAAGAUGGUCGCGACAUUGAAGGUCGUUUCGACUACAACUCGUGGCAGGAGUCGGAUACCGGCCGCAAGCUCUCCGCAUCGCUUGAUCGCGACAUUGUGCUCGCUGAAGGGUACAAGGAGUACAAGACAGAUCGAACAUACAUGGCUCGCAUGGGUGACUGGCGAGAUAAUAAGGAUGUCGAGAUACCACUUGACGGUAUAGGCGGCGUGAAUAUCUUGGUGAAGGCGGACGUUCACCGAUCAGGGAUCAACUUUCCUUGCUAUGCCUUUGAGAACCAAGCCGAGACAGAAGGUUUCGCGAAGAUGGCGAGAAGGGCGGGUUACGGCGUGUAUGGACUACCUAACUAUGUUGUCUGGCAUAUUGAUACCGAGGAGAAGCCAGGUAAUGCCGAUUAGACCUAUGUCUUUGUAUAUUGAUGAAUGAUUCGCAUAUCUUCGUCCUCGAGCUCAUGACCUACAUGGGCGUUAGGCUGGCAACCAUCCUUGUCACUGGGCGCGGCGUAUCGGAGCGCUGGCGCAAUCGGGUGAAGACUUGUACAGUUAUUACAAUAUGGCGUUCUGCCGUCCAGCCACAUGUUGCCAAGGUAGCGAUCAUUGUACAGAUAAACAAUGCAUCGGUUCACGAC